AUGAACUUCAUGUUUGCACUAGUUCCCCAUCCCCUAUGGGCCCUGGGCGCCGCCCCCAAUCCGCCCGCCUCCCUGCGGCGCCCCCACCUGAGAGCCCGGCACGCGGGGCGGCGGCAGCAGCGGCCGCGGCAACAGCUCUGCUCUGUUGCGCUCCGGCCCCCGGCCCUCACUCCGUGCUCCCGGGCUCCGAGCCCCGACCCCGCCGCCGCUCCUGCCGGGGCCUCGGCGCCCCGCCGCCGCCUCACGCUGAAGUUCCUGGCCGUGCUGCUGGCCGCGGGCAUGCUGGCGUUCCUCGGUGCUGUCAUUUGCAUCAUCGCCAGCGUGCCCCUGGCGGCCAGCCCUGCUCGGGCGCUGCGAAAAGAGGAAGACCCCCAGGCGCAGGACCGGUGGGCUAAGGUCGCUCAGGAAUCACGCCGCGCGCCCAUUGGGUCGUCGCCCUCCGCCCUGCGGCUGCGGCCGGUAAAGCCCUGGGCGCCGCCCCCAAUCCGCCGCCUUCCUGCGGCGCCCCCACCUGAGAGCCCGGCACGCGGCGGCGCGCACCCUCUGCCUCCCGGGCCGCUUUUCAGCCGCUUCCUGUGCACGCCGCUGGCGGCCGCCUGCCCGUCGGGGGCCGAGCCAGGCGACGCGGCGGGCGGCGAGCACGAGGAGCUGUUGCUGCUGCAGAGCACGGCCGAGCAGCUGCGCCAGACGGCGCUGCAGCAGGAGGCGCGCAUCCGUGCCGACCAGGACACCAUCCGCGAGCUCACUGGCAAGCUGGGCCGCUGCGAGAGCGGCCUGCCGCGAGGCCUCCAGGACGCCGGACCCCGGCGCGACACCAUGGCCGACGGGCCCUGGGACUCGCCCGCCCUCGUGCUGGAGCUGGAGGACGCCGUGCGCGCCCUCAGGGACCGCAUUGACCGCAUCGAGCAGGAGCUCCCAGCCCGUGUGAACUUCUCAGCCGCCCCGGCCCCGGCCCCUGCAGUGCCCACCGCCUUGCACUCCAAGAUGGAUGAGCUGGAGGGACAGCUGCUGGCCAAGGUGCUGGCGCUGGAGAAGGAGCGCACGGCCCUCAGCCACAGUAGCCACCGGCAGCGACAGGAGGUAGAAAAGGAGCUGGACAAGCUACAUGGUCGUGUGGCCGAGCUGGAGCAUGGGUCCUCUGCCUACAACCCCCCAGAUGCCUUCAAGAUCAGCAUUCCAAUCCGCAACAACUACAUGUACGCCCGCGUGCGGAAGGCGCUGCCUGAGCUGUACGCCUUCACCAUCUGCAUGUGGCUACAGUCCCGGUCAAGCGGCACUGGCCAGGGCACCCCCUUCUCCUACUCGGUGCCUGGGCAGGCCAACGAGAUUGUGCUGUUGGAGGCGGGUCAUGACCCCAUGGAGUUGCUGAUCAAUGACAAGGUUGUCCAGAUUCCCCUGAGCCUAAAGGACAAUGGCUGGCACCACAUCUGCAUUGCCUGGACCACACGGGAUGGCCUAUGGUCUGCCUACCAAGAUGGCGAGCUUCGGGGCUCUGGUGAGAACCUAGCCUCAUGGCAUCCCAUCAAGCCUCAUGGGAUCCUCAUCCUGGGCCAGGAGCAGGACACCCUUGGUGGCCGAUUUGACGCCACCCAGGCCUUUGUGGGUGACAUCUCUCAAUUUAACAUGUGGGACCACGCCCUGACACCUACCCAGGUCCUGGGCAUUGCCAACUGUACCGAGCCGCUACUGGGAAAUGUCAUCCCUUGGGAAGACAAGCUGGUGGAAGCCUUCGGGGGUGCGACCAAGGCCAACUUUGAUGUCUGCAAGGGGAGGGCCAAGGCAUGA